ACGGGUCUCUUCUUUUUCCUCUUGCAGUGUGCUGUGGUGAGGGCUGCCCUUACAGUAUUGCCACCAUGGCAAGCAGCAGAGCCUCCCUCUAUCGUCUCACCCUCCUGGCACUGCUCGUGGCGCUUCUGCCUCACACCGCCUUCACCAAAAAGGGAAACGGAUCCAAAUCCAGCGGGGGAUCCAAGUCCAAGGGGUCGGGCGGGACCAGCAGCAGGAACCCCGGCAACACAGGACAGGGGGCUGGAUCUAACUACCCUAACACAGGACAGGGCAAACCUAACUCUGGAGGGGGCUACCCUAACACUGGAGGAGGCUAUCCUAACACAGGACAGGGUAAACCUAACUCUGGAGGGGGCUACCCUAACACAGGACAGGGUAAACCUAACUCUGGAGGGGGCUACCCUAACACUGGAGGAGGCUAUCCUAACACGGGACAGGGCAAACCUAACCCUGGAGGGGGCUACCCUAAUACUGGAGGAGGCUACCCUAACACUGGAGGAGGCUAUCCUAACACAGGACAGGGCUACCCUAAUACUGGAGGAGGCUACCCUAACACUGGAGGAGGCUACCCUAACACUGGACAGGGUUACCCUAACCCUGGAGGAGGCUACCCUAAUACUGGAGGAGGCUACCCUAACACUGGAGGAGGCUAUCCUAACACAGGACAGGGCUACCCUAAUACUGGAGGGGGCUACCCUAACACUGGAGGAGGCUAUCCUAACACGGGACAGGGCAAACCUAACCCUGGAGGGGGCUACCCUAAUACUGGAGGAGGCUACCCUAACACUGGAGGAGGCUAUCCUAACACAGGACAGGGCUACCCUAAUACUGGAGGAGGCUACCCUAACACUGGAGGAGGCUACCCCAAUAGUGGAAGAGGCUACCCUAACACUGGAGGGGGCUACCCCAACACAGGAGGAGGCUAUCCUAACCCUGGAGGAGGCUACCCUAACACUGGAGGGGGCUACCCUAAUACUGGAGGAGGCUACCCUAACACUGGACAGGGUUACCCUAACCCUGGAGGAGGCUACCCUAAUACUGGAGGGGGCUACCCCAAUAGUGGAGGAGGCUACCCUAACACUGGAGGAGGCUACCCUAACACGGGAGGGGGCUACCCUAACACUGGAGGGGGCUACCCUAACACUGGAGGAGGCUACCCUAACACUGGAGGAGGCACUCCAAAAAUCUACGGGCCAGGCUAUAACAGCCACAACCAGGGAAGGGCUCCCUGGAAUGGUGGUGGCGGCUCUCACUUCUCUCAGGCGGUGGCAGGUCAGGGGUUCAAGCCCUCCCACAAGUCCAAGGGGUUCGGCAAGAAGGCGGCGCUGGCAGCAGGGCUAGGGGUGGCCACGGGCAUGGCGAUGGGGUACGGGCUGAGCCGGACAAGGUUCCCAGGCUCGUUCCCGGGCUCGUACCCAGGUGUCUACAGGGGCCCCAGGCUGGAGAUCGACUUCAACAGCGAGGAAGAAGAGCGCUACUACAACUACUACAUGUGGAAGCGUUACGUGGCCACCCCCUUUGGCGGAGACAGCGGGACGCUGAUGCAUUACUACUUCCGGCAGCCGGCGCAGACUUACGAGAUGUAUCGGGAUCGGUGCUUGAAGAGAAAUGACCUGCUGCCCGGAAAGGAGACUGGCCGAGCUGUUCCUAGCCCAGCCGCUACUGGUGGAGACGGUCCACGCAGCAAUAUUAACACCACUGCCGCAGAUAACAGCAAAAACAUAACGGACAUCUUCCUCGGCAGAAACAACAGCGCUGUUGAUGCCACCACUAACCACCCUGUAAGCCUGAGCCCUGGAAAUAUUAACGCCACGGAAACUGACGCAAACAACAGCACCGGAAACGCAAGCGUGAAUAAUACCGCGAGAGAAGCAGCAAGCGCACCCCGCCCGGCUCAGGAAGACAAAGACGAUGACAACGUGGUCGGCGUGAUGGACGUCGGCAAUCCGGAGAUGAUCGAGCAGAUGAAGCUGUACCGCUGCAUCGAGCUCUACGUGGAUUACACGCACCAGUACCUCACGAAACGCACCGAGACCCGCACGAGGAACACCCAGUGGAACGGAGCGGCCAGGCUCUCCGGCUCCCUCCUGCUGCUCCUCGGCACUCUGCUGCUGCAGUGACUCGGCGGGUCCAGCCGGUCUGGACGUCAGUCCCUCAGUUAACCCCGCUCCCUGCAGCACGUCUGAGAUUACAGCGCGUCAGAGCUUUGUAUCGCUUGCCUGUUGGAUUCUCCUCCCUUCUGACUACAUGUAUCCCAGUUACAGACUUGUGUGUGGACAGCUUUAAAAUCAUGAAGGACUGUUUUCUCGUUAAAUACCUUUUAUUCACAUACAUCUAUCCAUCUAUCUGUCUAUCUAUAUGAAAAUAGCUCAGUACUAACCCUUUCAGUUUUUUUUUUAAUAUGAUGUUAGUGCCUUAUGUAAUCAUAUUGGGACCUCACAGGACUCCUGGCUCCCAGCCUGAGUUCAUGUAGAAAUAAAUGUGUUCUGUUCUCAUGUGUACUCAAUAAAGGAGUUUCUUUUUCA